AUGUCGAUGAGAACCGACCCCUCGAUCGUGCUGUCUGACAGUAGCAAAACUCCUCAGACUUCAAACGUGUCCCAUAGCCUACACAAAUAUCUACAAAGCCCACCAACAUCUGUAACCGAACGACUGGUUGCUAGUGAGAAGCCUAAAAACCCCGAAGAUAGCCUACAGAGGGCCAAGGAUUAUCUCGAAUCUUGGAGUUCGAAAUAUGAUAAAGCUGGAAAACCGAAGGGCUGA